AAGAACGAAAUUUAAUUGAAACAUGGCUGCCUCCUGCAUGAAGAAGGCAGCGCAUGAAAUCGAGUCUCGUAAACGGACUGAUGAUGUGUUGCUGUCGGAGGACAUCGAGUUCAGCUCGCUGCUGCUGUCUCCGCUGGUGCUCCAGGGCUUGUCAUCCGCUGGGUUCCAGAAACCGUCACCGAUUCAGCUGAAAGCCAUUCCACUGGGCCGAUGUGGACUAGACCUGAUUGUCCAGGCAAAGUCGGGCACUGGGAAGACGUGUGUGUUCGCCACCAUCGCCUUGGACUCCCUCCUCCCAGAGAACCCAGGGCCGCAGGUGCUGGUUCUGGCUCCAACUCGGGAGAUAGCGGUCCAGAUCCAUUCGGUUGUCAUGGCGAUCGGCAGUGCCAUCGAGGGCUUAGAGUGCCAUGUGUUCAUCGGGGGCACGCCAGUGAGUCAGGAUAAGAUUCGCCUUAAGAAGUGCCACAUCGCCGUCGGCUCGCCAGGUCGUAUUAAGCAGCUGAUUGAGAUUGGUGUUUUGUCCACGGCGAGCAUCAGGUUGUUUGUUCUGGACGAGGCUGACAAAUUACUGGAGGAAGGCAGCUUUCAGGAGCAGAUCAAUUGGAUCUUCUCCUCUUUGCCAGUGAAUAAACAGAUGCUCGCUCUGUCUGCCACCUACCCAGAAUCCUUAGCGCAGCACCUGACGCGCUACAUGCGUGAACCCACCUUCGUGCGCCUCAACCCCACAGACCCAGGACUUAUCGGUCUAAAGCAGUACUACCGCCUGGUGCCCACCCAUCCGCUGCCCCAUAAGGUGUUUGAGGAGAAGGUCCAGCACCUGCUGGACCUCUACAGCAAGGUUCCCUUCAACCAGUCGCUGGUCUUCUCCAACCUGCACAGCCGGGCCCAGCAGCUGGCUGAUGUCCUGUCCUCUAAGGGUCUUCCUGCUGUGUGCAUCUCCAGCAGUCUCACACAGGACCAGAGACUGGACGCCAUGUCCAAACUCAGACACUACCAGUGCAGAGUGCUCAUCUCCACAGACCUGACGUCUCGUGGGAUAGAUGCGGAAAAGGUGAACUUGGUGGUGAACCUGGAUGUACCGCAGGACUGGGAAACGUACAUGCACCGUAUUGGCCGCGCAGGACGCUUCGGCACACAUGGACUGGCCGUUACAUACUGUUGCUAUGGUGAGGAGGAGAAUAAGAUGAUGAUGAUUGCCCAGAAGUGCAGCCUCAACAUUACAGCAUUGCCAGACCCGAUCCCUGCCGGUCUGAUGGAGGAGCGUUGUGACUGGGACAUCACCAUCCAGCCCCCCCACAAAGACGACCUGUCCACCCUGUCCCUCCCCAGGAAGAAGAAAUCCCCCAAGCACACAGACCAAGCCAGCCCCUCCCAUCACACCGCCGCAGAGCAGGUAACAAGCACAGCAACCGUGGAGCAGCACUCAGACGGCCCAAUCAGGAAACAGCACUCAGACGGCCCAAUCAGGAAUCUGCACACUGCUCAUAUAGGGGCUGUGAGCAGACCAAAGAAAGCCCCGCCCCCGUCUCGCCCCGAGUCCCAGGCUGGAGGCGUGUCCUCCCCUGCCCCCGCCCCCACCUCACGCCAGCGUCUCCAGGACGCCCUCCCCAAGAUCCCGCCCCUGCCCUCCUUCAAGCCGCGGCGUGCCGAGCGCAUAAGCCUGCAGGACGCCGCACGCGACUUCCAGCGCUUCAUCACGGGAGGGCCUGGACGGAGCGUGGAGGUGGUGCGGCAGUUCCGGGGGCGUGCGGCCGACGGGCAGGACGAUGUCGCCGCCGACGGAGUGGCAGAGCUGCGGGACGAGACGUUAGUGUUGCACGACGAUGAGCGGCCUGCGGUGCGCUUACAGGGGAGGAGGAGGAUGACCUCUGACCCCUCUAGCCCCGUCUCCUCCUCCUCCAGCUCAGAGUCCGACAUGGAGACGGAGCAGAAAGGGACGUCGCUACCGCCGCAGAAAGUUCCACCAGCACGGGGCAGCCGCAACAUCACGCGCCGGCCGACUGGACCAAUCAAAACCGAGCCCAUGCAGGAAGCACACGCCUCCAAACACCACAGCCAAUCCCCUCAACCCACCACUGCACCCCCCAGACACCUACGUCCUCCGCCACCUCCACAUGCACGAGGCAGACCCUUGACCUCCCCAGCCCAGAGAGGAGGCUCUUCGAGGGGGAGAGCCAGGCGUCAGGACCCCCUGCGGAUGCCCCCUGCGGAGCUGGAGGAGGAGGAAGAUGAUGAAGAAGAGGAGGCGCAGGACUACUGGGGGAGGAGCUACUCCAGGGCCUGGAAGCAGUACUACAGCUCCGCCCCUCCUCCCUACAGACACGCCUACAGCUCCGCCCACGCAUGGAUGGCAGCCUAUCGCAUGAGCAGCAUCUACAUGCAGGAGAUGAUGAAACCAUAGCAACACCUCUCUCUAUCCUCUCCUCAUCUCUCUCCUCUCCUCCUCUCUAUCCCCCUCUCCUCCUCCUCUCCUCUCUCUCCUCCUCUCUAUCCCUCUCUCCUCUUCCUUUCUUCUCCGCUCCUCCUUUCCUCCUCUCCUCUGUGUCCCCCUCUCCUCCCUCAUCACAUAAAGAGCAUCUACAGACUGGCAGGUGUGCAGACACACAGCAGUGAUCCUGUUCUCCUCUCCUCUCCUCCCUCCCCCUCUCUUUUCCUCUAUCGUCCUAUCCUCUAUCAUUCCCUGUCCUCGCUGUGCCGCUCUCCUCUAUCCUCUUCUGCUCUCUCUAUCCUCUCUUCUCAUCUCCUCUCUAUCCUCUAUCCUAUCUUCUCUCUCUAUCCUCCACUCCUCUCUAUCCUCUAUCCUACACUCCUCUGCUCUCCUCUCAACAGCAAUGCCGUUUUUACCAGUCUCCUCUGGUACUGCAGGUUAAGAUGUGUUGUGUUUUCUGUAUAUUUUUUUAGUGUGGGUGUGUGUGUGCGUGUGCAAGCAUGUGUUAAGCAAGUCAGUGCUUUUGAGUAAACACACAGAGUUGUAAACAGAUGUAAGGUGUUUUACAUGUGCGUGAACGAGUUCUUUAUAAUAAAAUGAAUGAUCAGCUCU